AUGGGCGCUGACAUGGACUCGGAUCGAGAUCGUAGUCGAGAACGCAAUCUCGGACCUGAUCUCGAUCUCGAACAGGCCCGCCGUGCAACAGAGCAAGAGCAUGCCCUAUCCUUAACCGACGCACUGCGAGCAUACCGAAAAUCCGUAGCCUGGUCGAUGUUAUUCUCCCUGGCAAUAAUAAUGGAAGGAUACGACACAACGCUCCUACCAUCAUUCUUCGCCUUCCCGGCCUUCGUGCGCAAUUACGGCUCCCCGAUAUACACCACCACAGCAGCUGGCAGCGGAGCCGUUGAACUCACCCGCCACGAACUCACCGCAGCCUGGAAAUCGGGUCUCAGCAAUGGCGCGUACGUUGGGGGAAACUUCGGCCUGAUUAUCACGGGCCUUCUCUCCGAGCGCCUGGGCUACCGACGCACAAUGGCUGGUGCAACGCUCUCCCUUGCGGGGUUCAUCUUCGUGCUGUUCUUCGCCGAGAACCUCCCUACGCUCCUUGUUGGGGAGAUCCUCUGUGGCAUCCCCUGGGGUGUUUUUCAGACUGUGACGGCGGCGUAUGCGGCGGAGGUGUGUCCCGUUGCUCUGCGCGGGUGUCUCACGACGUAUGUGAAUUUGUGUUGGGUCAUUGGACAGUUUAUUGCGACGGGUGUGCUCCGAGUGGGUGUGGUUGCCAUUCAUCUUGGUUUCAGUGUUGCUUGGGCCCGAGUCGCCGUGUUGGUUGGUGAGGAAGGAAGAGUGGCUGAGGCGAGAGAAGUUCUCACCCGUCUACACCACACCUCCUCAAAAACCCCGGCCGCCGCGAAGAAGGCCGAAACCGGGCUCGACAACACUCUCGCCCUCAUGGUAUACACCUCGGAGAUGGAGAAACGGCUCUCAGUCACCCAAUCAUCCUACACCUUUCUCGACUGCUUCCGCUCGACGGAUUUGCGCCGCACGGAAAUCACCUGCAUAACAUGGGCAAUUCAAGCCCUCUGUGGAUCCUCGUUCAUGGGCUCCAGCACGUACUUCUACCAGCAAGCGGGGCUAGACGUCUCUCAGUCGUUCAACAUGUCCCUAGGGCAAUACGGGUUCGGGGUCGUGGGCACCGUCUUCUCGUGGGUGCUCAUGACCCGGUUCGGGCGCCGCUCGCUGUACGUUUCUGGUCUUGCUACACUGGUAACAAUCCUCUUUGCUGUGGGCUUUACGUCUCUUUCAGAUACCACGGCCGCGAGUUGGGCGAUUGGUAGUCUCUUGCUUGUGUUUACGUUCACGUAUGACUGCACGAUUGGUCCGGUGUGCUACUCGAUUGUGGCUGAGAUUCCGUCGACGCAGAUGCGCGCAAAGACGAUUGUCCUGGCGCGGAAUGUGUAUAACAUGUUUAUGAUUAUGAAUGGGGUGAUCGUGCCGCGGAUGCUGAAUCCGACGGCGUGGGAUUGGAAGGGGAGGACUGGCUUCUUUUGGGCGGGGAUAACAGUUGCGUUGUUUCUAUGGACGUACUUCAGAUUGCCCGAGACUAAGAACAGGACAUUUGCAGAGAUGGAUAUGCUAUUCGGGCGAAAGAUCAGUGCGAGGCGCUUCAGGGAUACGCAGGUGAGUAUUGGUGAUGAGCAAGCUAGGGUUACGGACUAG